GCACAGGCUUGCUACAGGAAGUGGUGUAUCUAGUGAGUCAGGGAGCUGAUCCAGAUGAGAUUGGACUAAUGAAUAUAGAUGAACAACUUCCAGUCCUAGAGUAUCCUCAGCCUGGUCUGGACAUCAUCAAGGAACUGACAUCUCCUCGCCUUAUAAAAAGCCACCUACCAUAUCGGUUUUUGCCUUCGGACCUCCAUAAUGGCAAUUCAAAGGUAAUAUACAUGGCUCGCAACCCCAAAGACCUGGUGGUGUCUUAUUACCAGUUUCACCGCUCCCUAAGGACCAUGAGCUACAGAGGAACGUUUCAGGAGUUCUGCAGAAGGUUUAUGAAUGACAAGUUAGGAUAUGGUUCGUGGUUUGAACAUGUGCAAGAGUUUUGGGAACAUCACAUGGAUGCCAAUGUACUUUUUCUCAAGUAUGAAGAUAUGCAUAAGGACCUAGCAACAAUGGUUGAGCAACUGGUGAGGUUCUUAGGAGUUUCUUAUGACAAAGCACAGUUGGAAUCCAUGGUGGAACACUGCCAUCAGCUCAUUGAUCAGUGUUGUAAUGCAGAAGCACUUCCCGUUGGCAGGGGACGAGUUGGGCUAUGGAAAGACAUCUUCACUGUUUCAAUGAAUGAGAAAUUUGAUUUAGUUUAUAAACAGAAGAUGGGAAAAUGUGACCUCACAUUUGAUUUUUAUUUAUAAGAAAUGCAUGCAUGUGAUAUCCAAAUAUAGCUAGAAGUGCUUUAUGCAUUCAUUUAUUACCUGCUGGACAAACUACUGUAGCUAUUAUGUGUAACACGAUUUAAAGAAAGAACAAUCUAAGUAAACCAUAUCAGAUACAAUUAUCUUUGAUCCUAAACAGCUGAUUAUCUUCUAGUAUUUUAAUCCUUUGUCCACAUGCAAGAACUUCCUAGACAAUACUAGAAUAUUCAGCUGUUAUGGAAUGUAUUAUAUACAUAUAAGGUAUGUAUCAUAUAUGCAACUGGAAUGUACACCUUUUCAGCCCCACAUUGAUUAUUUAAUGUGCUUUAUAAAAGCUUUUCACUAGAACCUGAAUAAAUGUCCGUAAACCAAAUAAAAAAUUAUUUCAGAGGGAAAUGAGUAACAGGCCAAAACUGUAUGCUAGAAUGAUCUCAGGGGUUAAUUGUCACAUUUAUUUUUAUAGCAGGUAUCUUAAGUAUAAAUAAAUCCCAUUCCAAAAUAGUAACUGAUCGAAGUGGGGUUCACAUUAAGUUCUGCACACCCUUGUCUGUAUAAUUUGAGUAGGUUCUGUGCACUGGCAUACCCUGCAAGAUAGGCCUUGUUAUGAAAUUUAGCUGUGAUUGUCACUCUAAUCCCAAAACCUACCUGUGCUUUCAUGGAUGACAGCACAUAGCUGUCUUCCUGAUGGAUGAAGUUCAGCUCCAUGCUGAAGGUCAGCAAACAGAAGCUGCUUAAGCCC